AUGCCAAAAAUUCUUCCAAUGGGAAGAUAUGGAUCUGUGCCUGCAGAAUUACCUAAAAGUUAUAAACUUGAUUCUCCUUUGGUUUUGAAAAGAGAAGAUACAAUUUCGCAACAAAUAAACACCAAAACCCAACCUAAAUAUGGCCAUCUAACUUCUCUAUGUAUCGGUAGACGUUUAUUGUCUAUUGGAACAUCACAAGGAUUUUGUUUAAUUUUUGAAAAGGAGGGAUCUCAAAAAUUGUUGCAUUCUGUUCAAUCAGGAGAUUCUUCGUUUGGCUCAAUUUCCUGUAUGGAUUUCUCAAUCGACCAAACUCGUUUAGCUGUUGGAUUUAGCACUGGGGCUUUAUUUAUUUUUGAUACAAACACUAAAAGAAAUUCAAAUAAAUUUAUUUUCAAAUCAAAUGAUGUUGUACAACCUGGACGAGGAUUAAUACAUCUUAAAUAUAUUACAAGUAAUGUACUCUUAAUUGUCGACAAUGGAGGUAAUGUAUAUGAAUUUCAUGAGAAGAGACGAUUAAACAGACGUAAGGAUGGCAAUGUUCGGUGUAUAUUUACUGGAUGUAAAGGAGAAGUGCUAAAGUAUUUUUUAUUUAAUUUUUAA